CGUGCGAAGUACUCGAACGAGUUCGCGGAAACGAACUGUUCGAAAGAACCGGUUCGCGGAAAUGAACCAGCCUUCGUCGUUCACAUGUGUGUGAGAGAGGUCCUUUCUUUUUUGUUGAUCUAGUGGGGAGCGUUCUCGGCGUGUGUAUCUCUUUAAGAAUAAUCUGAAAUUGGAUCCUCUCUUUUCCUCACCUUCACCACCAACAUUCCAUACUGCCAACAUCAACACACAUCACCAUCAUCAUCCUGCUCAACAUGAUCUCUCCGAGGCACACGGAGAAGACGCAAAGAACGGCGUUAAUGUAAAGAGCUUCCGUUUCUGCGUUUGACAUGAGAGCGAGCGUGUCACGUCGCCGUGGAGGUAGAAAAAUCAUACAUGUUGCUGAGUGACGAAAAAUCACGGAUUUGGAUCGGUCGACAUGGAGAGCAUGCUCAACUGACCGACAGACGCUGCUGUUGAUGUUGAUACGAGUGGGGUCGGGUGGCCAUGGACCCCUUCAGCCAGCUGAUCCUGCUCAUCUCUGUGGUGAGUUUUUGUACCUUCCAGUGGCUCUUUCACAGCGUGAGCCCGUGGGCAUCAUCCAGAAUCAGCCCUGGCUUCCUCAAACUCACCCACAAACAGAAGAUCGAGUGGAACUCAAGGACCGUGUCCACGCUCCACGCCCUGUUGGUCGGCCUCUUUUGCCUCUGUAUCCUGUUCUUCGAUGAGGCCGUCAAUAAGGACCCCGUAUGGGGAGAUCCGACUCUGGUGAAGAUAAACGUCAGCAUUACCACAGGCUACCUCAUAUCUGAUCUGCUGCUUAUAUUUUACUAUUGGCGAGCAAUAGGAGACAAGUUUUUUGUAAUCCACCACCUGGCAGCAUUGUAUGCUUACUACUAUGUACUGGGUCAAGGGAUGUUGCCUUAUUUUGCAAACUUCCGUCUACUGGCAGAGUUUUCAACACCGUGUGUAAAUCAGCGCUGGUUCUUUGAAGUGUUAGGUUACUCCAAAGCCUCCAAGCCCAACAUGGCUAACGGAGUACUGAUGGCCAUGGUGUUUUUCCUUGUGCGGAUCGCCGUCAUGCCGGUCUACUACAGCCGGAUGUGCUCCGUGUAUGGGACGGAAGCCUUCUACAAGGUCACCUUCGGCGGGCGCUGCGCUUGGAUCUUCUCCAGCAUCUGUCUGGACAUCAUGAACAUCAUGUGGAUGCAUAAAAUUGCACGCGGCUGCUACAAAGUGCUGCGCUCCAGGCGGAGGUCCAAACCCGAGAGCCAGGAGAAUGGAAAAACUGACUGAUUGAUGUAAGGAAGUGCUGUUGAAGCAUAUGCCUCUUGCUCGCUUGGAGGGUUUUCGAUGACCUUCAAGGGGUCACGGACAGGUGGGACUCUGCUUGAUCGUCAUCGAUACAAUCACAAAGAUGGAAAACCACAGAAGAGCAAUAUUUUCAGUGUGGCCAACACUUUUAGGACCUAAAACCAAAAUGCCCGUUUGAGAUCAGGACUCCGUCCAUUUACCUGUGCUUGUUAUGAUACUGUACAACAAACGUGCAGAUUGUGCAAUGUCACCGGCUUAAGCGUCGGAACUCUUUUAAUGUUUGUUUUAUGCCUGACUUUUAAUCUCCAGACUAGUUUUAAUUUCGAACUGUGGGCAGGUAAACCACAUUAUUUAUUCAUCAAAGUACAGUCAUUCUGUUUGAAUCGCUCUACUGUGCGGAGGGGCCAAGCGGUCGGUGAAUCACCUGAUGUUCUUUUUUACUUUGAAGCCUGAAAUGAUUUAUCCGUUUAACUCCACAACACGCGAAACAGACACUUAAUUUAUUUGCAAAUCUCUUGGAAGCAUGAUGUUGUACUUCACAUAUUUCAAGCAGAGGAAAUAAUGGACCUUUGAGAUCUGACUGCUCAUAAUAGGAUUCUGAAAAGAAAAUGGCCAAAUGCAGGUUAAACAGCCAAAAUAAAAAUAUAUUUUUCCACAGGUUUGAUUUCAAAAGUGUGGGAUACGAGCUCCUCUUAAUAACUUUAAGAAUGAAUUCAGUUUACAAGCUAAGGUCGCCGUUCCGGUGAAACAGACUCCAGUAUGUUCGCACUGUACAGUUGCAUGCGGCAAUAUCUCUUUUCGAAUGUUUGCAAUGUACGUAAAUUUUAUCAGGCACAGUGAUUAUUUUAAAUACAUUUGUGUAUAGUCUAUUCAGUCGAUACUGCACUAAAACCAUGAUGUUUUUUAAAGAACUAUGAAUGCUGUAGUUGCAGAAGUCGGAAUGUUAGAGGAGUCGAUGUCAGAGUUUUCCUGCACCAUACAUAAUUUAUUUAACCAGUUUUUACACUGGGAGAGCACGGCAAUGUUUGUAAUACAUAUUUAUUCUUUUUUUAAUGGAAAGAUAUAAAUGUGUCAGUCAAUGUAUCAGAAUAGAUACAUUGGAGACUUCACAAUACAGAAAUACUUUUAUGAAUUCAUUUUCACCAUGUAGGAAAAUACUUGUACACAUGUGCAUUCAGUGGCAGCGCAGACGUGAGAAAAUGUGGAGUUUUAUUGAUUGAAUAUACAUGAAAGCUAAAGAAAGACAUAAGAAUGCUUUGAAUUUCCUUUAACAUCACGGAAAAGGUGUUAAAAGCAGUUUUAUUUUUAUUGAACUUGGUACUUGAAAUUCAUUUUUCAGAGAUGGAUCUAAGGAAUGGUCUUGGACUAGCAUUAAUUAAAGAAGGAAAAGUCUUUGUCGCGAUUUUUGCAGUCAAUCGCUCAAGAUGCCUUUUCAUGUUUUUAGUUUUUUAAACAUCUUUUAUUUGAUUUACUUGUGCGACUUUUGUACCACAUGCUUCAUUUGUAUAUUCAUGUUAAAGGACGUUCAACCUCAAUUUUAAUGUUUUGUUUUAAAUUAGUGCCAAUCUUGCAACCAAAGAUUGAGGAAAGCCGUUAAUCUUUGUCUCCGUUUUUUUAAAACCCAUAGGGAAUACAGGCAGGCCUACAAACAUGCAUUAUAACUUUAGUAGAUGAAAGUGCACUCUAAAACAAGCAAUGGAAAAGAAGGGAAGGUCAUUUAGCCAGUAAGUUUUUCAAGCUUUUUUGGAAGGGCAUUUUAAAGUCAGUACUGAUCUAUCAUUUAACAUUUGUCUUUUUCUUGCCUUUUUGCCUAACCUAUUUUAAGUUUUCCAUUUCCAUUUUUUUUUAAUUCUUUUUAGACCCAAACCUUCAGUGUUACAAUAGAAUUUUGGGCAUCUGGCAGGAAUUCAGACUUCUAUUGCAUUUUAUAAUUAUAUAAACAUUUACAUAUAUGCAUUUGAGUUGAUAUAUGAAAUGUGGAAAGAUAUUUUUUUCCUCACGUUGGUAAAUUCUUGCCAUGUAAGUUUACAGUUUUCAGGGUUGUCACAAGGAUUGUAAUUCUUUAUUGAUGGAAAGUGCAUGUGUCUGAAAGAAUGACAGCACGGUCUAUUUCAUUGCGUUUGUUUAUUCUUCACAAGUCUGUCUUAAAAUUGUAUUUCUCAAUAAAGCAAUAUGUUCAUUAGGAUCUGA